AUGCUUCACUCCAUCUACGACCUUACGACGUUCUGCAGACACACAACCGGCGAUGUACCCGCAAAGCUCGUCGGCGCUUCCACCACUGUCGUCGGUUCAAAGAUGUACCUCUUUGGAGGCCGAUUGGUCACUGAGCGGAGAAUGGUCUCUGACCUCUAUGUUUUCGAUCUCGAGACUUUCGUCUGGGAACGAAUACCCUCGUUUCCAGAAGACGAUGUGCCCAGAGCACGCUACUUUCACAGCACAGACGCCUGGAACAAUCAUCUCAUCGUGUUCGGCGGAAUGAGCAAUCAACCUGACGCUAUCAACCCAGACGACCUGUGCGUCCUGAAUGAUGUCCGCUUUUUCAACCUUACCACACGACACUGGCUCCCUCCAUUCCCUUCCUUGCCCGACUCAGACCAUCUAAUGCCCCGUGCCCGUUAUGCCCAUCUAUCUUCCGUAACAGCCGAUAGACUAUUUAUUAUCGGCGGUCAAGACUUCUUCAACACUUGGCUCGACGACGUCUGCGUGUUCGACCUCGCCACCAAGGCCUGGGUCCAGCGACGCGACUAUCCACGCCACUGUGGUACCUACCGAAGUGUUGCCGUAUCCUCCCAUACAACCGUUCGACACCCACAUGAAGAGAUGCUAGCGUCUUCCUCAUCUUCUACUCUAGUCGCCUCUGGCAGCGCAUUCCGAUCAUCUAAAUCUACCUUGUCCCUAUCACGCACCUCUGACGAUAUUGCACCCUCUGAAAGCCUUGUCCAUCUACCGUAUUCCUUUGCACCUACUGAAGACCACCCUAGUGAUAUUUAUUUGUACAGCAACUACAACUUUACUGAUGUCAAGCGGGAACUUGAAGUAUUCUCGCCCCUUCCCGAUUCCGACUUUACGAUACAAGACCGAUCUUCCGCAAUGACAGGCUCGACAUUCCCUCCCGGCCUACGCUUCCCAACCGGUGCCCUCCUCGGUAGCCACCUCAUAAUCGCCGGCACCUACCUCGCGCACAGCUAUCAGUCCUUCUCUAUCUGGGUCCUCGACCUGACGACGAUGACCUGGUCGCGCAUCGACCCCGGCAAGGCCCUCGAGACGGGCUCGUGGUUCCGCGGCUGCCUCUGGGCCGAGUCGAACAAGUUCCUCAUCUUCGGCAACCGACACGGGAACCUCGUCGACGACUAUAACCGGCGCCUCCUCAGCUGGGACCACGUCGCCGUUGUCGACCUCGAGGCGUUCGGCAUCUACCAACCCCCACCGCUCAAGCUCGACGUGCGCAUGCAGGAGCUCGGGCUCGCGGCGCUCGAGGAGCAGGUACUGGCCGACUUUGAGAUUGUGUGCGACGAUGGACAGAAGGUGCAAUGCUCGAGACGGAUCCUGGAGGAACGGUGGCCGUGGUUUAAGGAGCAGAGGAAGCUCUUCCUAAGAAAGGCUACGGGCGCGCUCGAGGGGCUGCCGACGUCCGCGAUGCACGUGCCACUGCCUGAGCUUCCAGGGACUGGGAUCGCAAGCGAACCACGUGUCGACCCUCGGCUGACACCCCGCGCGUUCCACCUCUCCGAGCCCUACCCCGUCACCCUCGCUCUCCUACAGUAUUUCUACUCUCUUGGUCUGAUCACGCCGCUGCAGCACACGGCGCCGGUGCUUAGCCAGCUGCUGAUCCUCGCUGCAAAUUACCAAAUAGACCACCUCGAAUCGCUGGUAAAGCAUGCCAUGCACCGCGCGCUGUCGAACCCGACAUCGGUCGGUGUGUACGAGGUCGCUACUCUGUGUAGCAGUCGGAGUCUUCAGAUUCGUGCUCUAAAAACUGUAAUGUCCUACACCCAAAAGAGACCCUCCCGGCGAUCAGAGAAGGAUGGCAGCGGGGGCAGCAGUACGCGAAUGCCAGACGGGGACGGGGCGAACUAUGGUGGUGGAGGUUCGAGUAAAUACGUGUCCCGUCCGCGGGGGACGUCCGACGCCAAGUGGCGAAACAUGGCGAUGACGGACAGUGGUGCUAGUAGUUCGGGGUAUUGA